UUUUUUUUUUUAUAUAUAAAUAAAUAAAACAUGGUUAACGCAACAGAAGCUAAAACCGAACAACGUGCACGUUCCGGUUCUUUCAACCAAAACAAGGCCAAAGUUCUUCGCCCUUUCAAUACCAGUGAAGUCAAGAUUUUGUUAUUAGAGAACGUCAACGAAACUGCUGUCAAGGCCUUUAAAAAGCAAGGCUACCAAGUAGAGACGUAUUCAAAAGCACUUGUGGGUGAAGAAUUAAUCGAAAAGAUUCGUGAUGCACAUGUCAUUGGUAUUCGUUCCAAGACUAAACUGACGAAAGCUGUCCUUGAUCAGGCCAAACAUUUGUUAGCUAUCGGUUGUUUCUGUAUUGGUACUAACCAAGUGGACCUUCAAGCUGCUGCUAAGCAAGGUGUAGCUGUCUUUAAUUCUCCCUUCAGUAAUUCCCGUUCCGUAGCCGAACUUGUGAUUGGUGAAAUCAUUAUGCUUGCUCGCCAGUUGGGUGAUCGUAAUACAGAAAUGCAUGGAGGUGUCUGGAACAAGGUCUCCAAAGCCUGUUAUGAAAUUCGUGGUAAAGUCUUGGGUAUUAUCGGUUACGGUCAUAUCGGAGCACAAUUAUCCGUCUUGGCUGAAGCAAUGGGUAUGACCGUUUACUUUUAUGACGUACUUCAAAUCAUGCCUCUCGGUCAAGCUAAACCCUUGGAGUCCUUGGACGAUUUAUUAGCGAUUUCGGAUUAUGUGUCUGUGCAUGUCCCUGAGACCGAAGAAACAAAGAGUAUGAUUGGUGAACACGAAAUCAACCAAAUGAAGAAAGGGGCUUAUUUACUUAAUAAUGCUCGUGGAACCGUGGUUAAUAUUCCCGCUCUCACCAAAGGUCUUCAAUCCGGUCAUCUUGCUGGUGCUGCUGUUGAUGUUUUCCCUAAGGAGCCUGCUGCUAACGGUCCUCACUUUGAUUAUUACCCAGAGUUAUUAGCUUGUCCCAACUUGAUUUUAACGCCUCAUAUCGGAGGUUCGACUGAAGAAGCUCAAAGUAUGAUUGGUUUAGAGGUGUCUCAAUCUUUAAUCAAGUAUAUCAACGAUGGUACAUCACUAAAUGCCGUCAAUUUCCCUGAAGUUGAUUUACGUGCUAUUCGCGAAGAUGACAAGAAUACUGUGCGUGUGCUUUAUAUACAUCAAAAUAUCCCUGGUGUACUUCGGGAAAUCAAUGAAAUCUUUGCUGACCAUAAUGUUGAAAAGCAAUAUUCUGAUUCCAAGGGAGAUAUUGCCUAUGUCAUGGCAGAUAUUGCUGAUGUAACUGACCUCAAGAGUCUUUACAGUGCCAUUAUUGCCACACGAGCCAACAUUCAAACUCGUAUUCUCUAUUAAUUUUUAUUUUUAUUUCUUUCCCUUCUUGUAAAAAGCAUUCAACAUACCAAAAUUACAUUUUUCCCCUCCAUAUUUUAUUCCCUUAUUCCAUUCUUUUUCUUCCUUUUUCCUCUGACAGUGUUUUCUCAACUUUAACACUUGUUUGAAUAAUCUUAAUAAAACUUUCUAUCACAAUUCACUGUUUUAUAACAAUUUUCCAAAAG